AUGACAACCAAUGUCGCCGAGUCGCUGAACAAGGUUCUGAAAGAAUGUAGGGAAUUUCCCCUAAUUUCCAUGCUUGAAGCGAUACGGAUGAGCCUCAUGGGCUGGUUUGUAAAGAGAAGGGCUAAACACGCUGCUGAGAUCAAUCCCCUAACAAGUAAAGUGCGAGACAUCAUGGACGAAAUCUUUUUAGAAUGCACCAAAAUGAAGGUGAUUGUGGUAAACCAGAAUGAGUUUGAAGUUUACGACUCCAGUGGAGUUAGGUUUGAAGUGAAUCUGCAAUCCAAAAUAUGCAGCUGCAGAGAGUUCCAAAUGCUACUUAUACCUUGUUGCCACACAAUGGCUGCCAGCUCGUACGGUCAGAUUGAUAACAAUACCCUUGUCGGAGAAGUAUACACAACAGGUUUUAUGAGAUCGCUGUAUGAGGGGGUUUUCCAUCCAGUACCAACACCUGUAAGUACUGGUGAGUCUGAACUGCUUCCUCCAAUAAUGAGCCGACCACCUGGACGCCCAAGAAAAACCAGGAUCCCAUCUCGUGGCGAAUUCAAGAGACGUUCGAAAAAGAAAGCGGUCAGACUUUGCACAAGGUGUCUAGGUCGUGGUCACAACAGGGCAUCCUGCAAACUUCCGGUGAAGGAUAAAUGA